AAUGAAUAGCGCUCCUCACAAACAUGUAGAAAAGGUAAAACAUGUUCAAAAACAAGUGAAAUCAUGGAAUGAAAAAGGAAGACAAGGACAAAUGUGUACAGCUCGACCAGGCUGGAUGGCAGUUUGCUUAAGAGAAGGAAAGUAUAAGAAAACUUUACAAAAUAUCGAUGUUAACUUAAUGGAUGUUAUUGAAGUAGAUGCCGAAAAACAGAUCGUACGAGUUGAGCCAUUGGCUACCAUGGGUCAAGUAUCAGCAACUUUAAUACCUAUGGGUUGGACUUUGCCUAUAGUACCAGAAUUAGACGAUUUAACGGUUGGGGGUCUCAUCAUGGGCGUUGGUAUCGAAUCUUCUUCACACAAGCACGGGUUAAUGCAACAUGUUUGCGAGGCUUUAGAAGUUGUAUUGGCUGACGGAAGCGUUGUAAAGUGCAAUAAAAAAGACAAUCCCGAUUUGUUCUAUUCGCUAUUUUGGUCACAUGGUACACUUGGUUUUCUAGUUUCGGCCGAUAUUCGAAUUGUUCCUGCAAAGAAAUUUGUCAAAUUAUCCUACAAACCUGUACAUACAUUUUCUGAAGUUGUUACAGAAUUCGAACAAAGUACAUUAAAGAAAACUGGAAAUGAUUUCGUUGAAGGAUUGAUGUAUUCAAAGAACGAAGCUGUAAUUAUGACUGGUAUCAUGACUGACGAAGCUGAACCUGAUAAGGUAAAUGUAAUAAGUCGACACUACAAACCAUGGUUCUUCAAGCAUGUAGAGACAUUUUUACAACGUGGUGAAGAUUACGAAUAUAUACCAUUAAGAGAUUAUUAUCACAGACAUACAAGAAGUAUUUUCUGGCAACUGCAAGAUAUAGUUCCUUUUGGGAAUAACUUUGUUUUUAGGGUAUUAUUUGGUUGGUUGAUGCCACCUAAAAUUUCACUUUUAAAGCUCACACAAGGAGAAACUAUAAAGAGAAUGUAUGAAAAACAUCAAAUAAUUCAAGAUUUUGUUGUUCCCCUUGAUACACUGAGCAAAUCAUUAUUGAAAUUCCACGAUGAGCUUGAGAUGUAUCCAAUUUUUUUGUGUCCCUUUAAGUUACCAAAGACUCCUGGUUUCUUAAGAUGUUCAAAAGAAGAUGAAAUAUUUGUUGAUGUUGGCACCUAUGGCAGCCCAAAAGCACAGCACUACCAUGCAUACGAUACAACAAGAAGACUUGAAAAGUUCGUUCUUAGUGUGAAAGGAAUACAAAUGCUUUAUGCAGAUUCUUAUUUAACACAGGAAGAGUUUAGACAAAUGUUUGACCACUCUCUCUAUGAUAAAAUGAGAGCAAAACUCAAUUGUUCUGACGCUUUUCCUGAAAUCUACGACAAGGUUAAUAGAUCAGCAAGAGAUUGAUUAAACCUAAUAAUGAUGUAACAUUUUAAUAACGGAGACUAAAUACAUUUCCCAUUUUUCUCGUAAUAUAAAUUUUUAUUUGAUCUCUUUUACGAAAAGUACAGCAAAAAAUUUUUAUGGACU